AUGAACGAAGCAAGGUUCAGCCCACUUACAAGUUUUGGGCCAAGCAAUAAAGUUUUGCCCGACGAUAGGACGUAUGAACUUAAGAAUGUUGAGCCGAUGGCUCUUGGUGCCUGGCGGGUGGAUACAAAAGUGGAGUCUGGCUUGGGGUUGAUUGACCUGUACGGCCCGUCCAAUUAUCUGGCCAUAUAUGAGAAGAUGGAACUU